AUGUCGUCGCGCAGCGCCAGCGUCAGCGUCGAGAAGGGUCCGCAUUCGCCUUUCCACGAAGGCGUCCACUUUGGGAAGGUCCAUGAACUCCUGUUCAUCAUCGUCAUAAGCUGUGCACAACUGGCCAGCCUCGGUCAGGUCGUCGUACCGCUGGAGAUCAUCGCCAAGUCUUUGGGCACGACCGACCCCGCUCAAGAGUCAUGGACGAUCGCCGCGUACUCGCUCACCGUCGGCACGUUCGUCCUGCCAGCCGGCAGGCUGGGCGACAUGUACGGGCACAAGAGGGUCCUGCUCGUCGCCUACGUCUGGUUCGCGCUGUGGUCCCUCGUCGCCGGGUUCUCCGUGUACGCGCGGAAAAAAAAGGGACCCGGCGCACAAGCGCUCACCUCCGACCAGAAAUCCGUUGGGCGCGGCGGCGGCGAAGACGGCGAACGCGUAGUUCUUGCGCGGUCCGGGAUGGCGACGCUGUUGACCAAGAUGGCCGCGGGCGCGAUGCCCUGCUACUUCGUCAUCCCCGCGGACGAUAUCCUGGACGCCCCCGACCCCGAAACGGACGGCGGCGCGUCGACCUCGUCCGGUGCGUCAUCGGCGCCCUCCGACGAAAGUACGGCGGGUCCUCGGUUCGACUGGCUGGGCGCGGUCCUCGGCAUCGGCGGCCUCGUGCUCGUCAACUUUGCGUGGAACCAGGCGCCGAUCGUGGGCUGGCGAACGCCGUACGCGUACGCGCUUCUCGUCGUCGGCGUCGCGCUCGUGUGCGCGUUCCUGGUCGUCGAAGGGCGCGUGCACGGCGCGCUCGUACCGACGACGAUAUGGAAUCGCCAUAUCAGCAUGAUGCUGGCGUGCAUUGUGUUAGGCUGGGCUACAUUCGGAAUCUGGAACUUCUACGGCACCCGGUUCUACAUACAGAUGCGAGGGUACACGCCGCUCGGAGCCGUCGCGUCCUUCACGCCGGUCGCCGUCGCGGGGGCGAUAGCGACGGCCUUGACCGGCUUCCUUCUACCAAUUAUCGGUCCGUCGCUGCUCAUGGUGGUCGCCCUUACCGCGUUCUGCGUCGCUACCGUUCUGUUCGCGAUCGCCCCGGUGCAUCAGACGUACUGGGCUCUGACGUUCGUGAGCACCAUCAUCGCGCCAUUCGGCCAGGAUAUGAGUUUUCCGGCGGCUUCACUCGUCGCGAGCAAUUCCGUUCAUCGACAUCAACAGGGAAUCGCCGCCAGCCUCGUCAACACCUUCGUGAACUACUCGGUCUCGCUCGGGCUGGGCUUCGCGGGCACGGUGGAGACGCAGCUGAACCGGGGCGGGCGGACGAAGGCGGACGUGCUGCGCGGAUAUCGGUCCGCGUUCUACCUCGGGAUCGGGUUCUCGUCGCUCGGGAUCGGCGUCGCCCUGCUCAACCUGGCGCUGGACUACCGCGCGGACAGGAGGGGCGCGCACGGAUUCGACCCGGGAUCGGCGCGGGAAAAGCGGCGCGGGGAGGAGGAGGGCGCACCGCACCACGCCGGCGACGGAGCUCGCGCGUAGGGGGAAGGAGUGUGGGACCGAGGUGCGAAUAGAAACCAUCGUUUAGACGUCUCGAUGGGUGGCCGCGUAGAGGUGUUAUAUACGAGCAUUUCAUAGAGACCAGUCCGGUUUAUGGUGCGGCAAGUGUGUAUAGUGACGGUAUUGUAUGUGCGCCCAGACGUUAAUCGAUGAUGCAUGUCGCGGAUACUCCCAGGAUGGACGGGUAACGAUUUGAACUUGUCGGCGCCCAAGGCGAUAUACUUAGCCCGCCGCCCCUCUCCCGACCAAUCCACCCGGGAUCUACUCACAGCGGAACGGAGCCAACUCACGCCCAGGAGUCAGGACGGGACAUGCCCCGCGCACAGUAGCCCACUUCGUACACCCACACCGCCCACUCUACCCGGCCCCGGGCGUUCGCCAUGGACAGGAAAGCGCGCCACUCGUCGGAGCGCCCGCCGCCGCCGAGCUCGGACUGUGGCACAGAAGAGACGGCGGAUAACGAGAGCGACGAUGGCGCGCACCAGGGCCCCGGCGCCCCACCCCCGACGCCGAUCCCAAAGCUGCAGCUCGCCUGCCUCGCCCUCGUCCUCCUCGCCGAGCAGACCGCGUUCAACUCCGUCGGCCCGUACCUCCCCGCCCUCCUCCUCUCCCUUCCCGGCGUCGAGCCGGCCGACGUCGGCUUUUACGCGGGCGCCCUCAGCACCGCGUUCGCCGUCGCCCAGCUCCUCACCAACUUCUUCUGGGGCUGGGCGAGCGACCGCGUCGGGCGCAAGCCCGUGCUCCUCCUCGGUACCGCGCUCACGGCGGCGGGCUUCGUCGCGUUCGGCAUGUGCGGAUCGGUGGGCGCGGCGAUCGCGGUGCAGGCAGCCAUGGGCGCCGUCAACGGCAACGGCGGCGUCGUGAACACGAUCAUGGGCGAGAUCACCGACGCCUCGAACCAGAGCCGCUCGUUCCAGUAUCUCCCCGUCGUCUACGGCGCCGGCGGUCUCCUCGGCCCGCUCAUCGGCGGCGCCCUCGCUCGCACCGCGCGCCCGCUCUCGUCCUCGCCGCUCCUCGCCGCGCACCCGUUCCUCCUCCCGAACGUCGCCAUCGCCGCCCUGCUCGGCCUCGACUUCCUUGUCGUCGCCUGCUUCAUGCGCGAGAGCCGCCAAGGCGUGCGGCCCCUCUCCGCCCGCCUCCGCGCCCUCUUCCGCCGCCCGUCCUGCCCCAAACGCCGCCGGCUGGCCACGAUCCACAUCGCCCCCGGAACGGCGACGACGACGACGUCGGAACGCACCCCGCUCCUCCACCCGCGCCGCUCGCUCGCCUCUAUCGCGCCCUCGCUCCUCUCCCGCGCCUCCUCCCUCUCCCUCUCCCUCCCGCCACACCGCCACAGCCCUCCGCACCCCUCCUCCACCAUCCCCUUCCGCUCGCUCCUCACCUU